AUGUCGCUCGCAGGCAAGAUCGCCAUCGUCACGGGAGGAGCACGGGGUAUCGGCAGAGGCAUCGUCCUGGCCUUGGCCAAGCAAGGCGCAAAAGCAAGUGUCUCCUUCACCUACGUCUCCAACUCCUCCAAACAAGCCGCAGAAUCCCUGGUCCAAGAAGUCAAGCACCUAGGCUCCGACGCCUUCGCCAUACAAGUCGACAGCGCAUCCCUCUCAGCGCCCAAAGCGACCAUCUCAGCAACCCUCUCAGCCUUCGGCGUAUCCACGCUCGACAUUCUGGUCAACAAUGCCGGGCUGGGCGGAAACACGCCGCUCGAGGACAUCACGGCCGCAGAGUACGAGCGCCUCACGGCCGUCAACGUGCGCGCCGUCAUCUUCAUGACCCAAGCCUUCCUGCCCUACGCCAACCCCGGCGGCCGGAUCGUGAACCUCUCGUCCAUCUCCGCCCGGGGAGGCUACGCCACGCAGUCGGUGUAUGCCGCGUCCAAAGCCGCCGUCGAGGCUCUGACGCGCGUUUGGGCCACGGAGCUGGGCCACAGGUACAAGGUUACUGUCAAUGCCGUCAAUCCUGGCCCGGUGGACACGGACAUGUACCGUGCGGCGGGCGAGGUGCAUUUGACGCGGAUGGAGGAGCAGAACAGAAAAACGCCGGCGGCUCCGCGGGCGGGGACCGAGAACGAUGUCGCGGAGAUUGUCGCGUUCUUGUGUGAGGAGCGCUCGAGAUGGGUCACGGGAGAUAUGGUUUGUGCGAAUGGGGGCAUGCUGUAUACGUGA